AUGCAUUUCUCCUCGAUCAUCGCGAGUUCCUUGGUUGGAUGGACAGCCCAUGCUGCAUCUAUCACGAAAGUCGUCGCUCGAGAUAACCCUUCUGCGGAAUUCGCCGAAACCUUGUUGAAGCAGUCCAAAUCAUGCUGCAACGUCAUGGACCAGUUUCUUCCUGGAAAGGUUCUGUUUCCUGACAAUGCGCUCUACGCGACGUCUCAGCAAUCCUUCUGGUCGAUGCAAGAAGUGGACCUCACACCAACAUGCAUUGUAUCUCCUUCUUCAGCAAAUGAUGUGGCUGUUGGUGUCCUUAUCUUGAGUGUUGGAGACAAGCUAGGUAUCACGGACUGCAACUUCGCUGUGCGUAGCGGAGGACAUACACCAUGGGGUGGUGCUGCGAACAUCGACGAAGGUGUGACAUUCGAUCUACAGAGUCUCAAUCAGGUCGACAUUGCGUCAGAUCGAAAGACUGCGUCCAUAGGGCCUGGGAACAGAUGGAGAAACAUUUACCCCAAACUCGACGCUGUUGGACUUGCUAUGGUCGGUGGGCGCGUGGCUCCCGUAGGUGCAGGUGGUUUGAUCCUUGGAGGGGGCAUCUCGUAUUUCUCUCCGCGGAAAGGAUUCUCAUGCGACAAUGUUGUAAACUUCCAAGUAGUCGUUGCACCUGGUGUUAUCCUCGAUGCCAACAAAGACAAGAACGCGGAUUUGUUCAAGGCUCUGAAGGGCGGUUCCAACAAUUUCGGUAUUGUUACUCGCUUUGACGUGAGCAUUUUCGAGCAAGGCGAGCUUUGGGGUGGUACUGUCAUAACAGAUGUCAGCCAGAUGGACAAGAUCAAUGAAUUCUUCGAGGGAUUUGCCGCGAGCGAUGGUUACGAUGAGUAUGCAUCUUUGAUAACCACCUACGGAUUCUCGAAUACGUCAUCACCUUGGGUACACUCUUCGAACGUCAUCUACACCAAGCCUGAGGAAAAUCCACCCGUAUACAGAGGUCUCACAUCCCUGCCACAGCUGCUCAAUACCACAAGGAUUAGUACUUUGGCGCCUUUGACAGAGGAGAUUGCUGCUAGUACAGAGGUUGCCAUGCAAGGAAGAUAUUACUUCUCGACUUUAAGCUACAUCAACAGUGCUGCAUACAUGAAAGCUUUUUUCGAGCUUUGUGAUGAGUGGCAAAAGACUGUUAGUGAUGUUGAAGGCCUUUUUGGAGCCGUAACAUAUCAGCCGAUACCAAAAGCUAUCACCUCGAAGGGCGCGAAACAAGGUGGCAACGUACUUGGGCUUGACAAUGCUCCAGAUAUUGUUAACGCAUUACUUGGUGUUUCUUGGGCCAACAAAGCAGACGAUGAGAGGAUCAACGCGAGCUUGAAAGACCUUUACACCAAGGCCAAGGCCAAGUGUGUCGAGAUGGAGGUCGAUCACCCGUACGUCUACCUCAAUUACGCGUUGCCUUGGGACAAGCCAAUUGCGGGUUAUGGAGAGGCCAAUGUGGCUUUCUUGAAAAAGACGUCAAAGAAAUAUGACUAUGCAGGUCUCUUCCAGAGAAGAUGCCCGGGAGGCUUCAAGCUUGACGACUGA